GAUAAAUUUCAUAAAUGUCACUCUCUCCCUCUCACUGUCUUUCUGUAGCCAUUGAUCUGAAGAACGGCAGUGGCUCGCUGCAUAAAGGUCCUGGCGGUGGGAAAGCAGAUGUGACCUUGACGGUGUCUGAUGAAGACUUCAUGGACGUGGUGCAGGGGAAACUCAACCCUCAGAAGGCAUUCUUCUCUGGCAAACUGAAGGUUAAAGGGAACAUCAUGCUGAGUCAGAAACUGGAUGUCAUCCUGAAGGACUACGCCAAGCUGUGAGCUCCUCGGCAGACAGCCACAUGACUUUGAACCGAACGAGCCUAGCAGCCUCCGUCUGUCCACUCACACGAGGCGUUUCUGAAGAGAAACACACACUAAUUAAACAGAGUUGGAGCUCUGAAAUAAUAAUCAUGAAGCAAUGUGUCAAAUAAUAAUAAACUGUAUCACAUGGUUGUUUGUUUUUUUUAAAUCACAAGAAUGAAGAACACAUUGUCAUUCCAUUGGACCUGAAUCCCUCGUGCCUUUAAAUUAAUAUAUAUCUGUCUGUUUUCAUAAUUCACUGUAAUCAGUCAAACCACGAGGUUCUGGUGUGUCGGUACUAAACAUCACUUACGUAUAUUAAGUAAAUGUAGUGGGUGAAGUGAUAAUAAAACUAAACCUGUUGAUAAAAUCCUGUUCAUAUAAACUGUAACGAAAGUCAUGAAAAUGAAUGAAUUGCUAUUUUGAUGUUUGCUCUUCUAUGAAAAUAAACAAAUUCAGAACCAA